CGCGCAGUGUCCCUCAAGUCUCAGCAUGGUUCUCGCUCUACGUCGCUCGCUCGCCAUCUCCUCACGCGUGGCCAACCGCUCGUUGGGUAUGUUGCAUCAGCAGCAGAAGGCCAUGAAGCACACGCACACGCUGGUGCUGAUCCGUCACGGAGAGAGUGAGUGGAACAAGAAGAACCUCUUUACGGGAUGGUACGACGUGCAGCUCUCUGAAAAGGGCAAUAAGGAGGCCGCCGCUGCUGGUCAACUGCUUAAGAAGGAGGGAUACACGUUCGAUGUCGCCUAUACGUCGUACCUUAAACGUGCGAUCCGUACGCUGUGGCAUGUUCUAGAACAAAGCGACCAAAUGUGGAUCCCUGUGUUCAAGACGUGGCGUCUUAAUGAACGCCACUAUGGCGCGCUUACUGGACUAGACAAACAGGCUACGGUGGAGAAGCAUGGCGCUGAGAAAGUGUUAGAGUGGAGACGUAGCUACAACAUUCCGCCUCCGAACCUUGACACGUCUAGCGAGUACUACCCAGGCAACGACGUCCGGUACAAGGACGUCCCUAAGGCGGAUCUGCCUCUGGCCGAGUCUCUGGAGCUCACGGCCGCCCGCGUACUACCUGAGUGGGAGCGCACCAUUGUGCCCAGCAUCAAGUCGGGCAAGAACGUGGUGGUCGCCGCCCACGGCAACAGUCUGCGUGCUCUUGUCAAGCACCUGGACAACAUCUCGGAGGACGAGAUCACGGGUCUCAACAUCCCCACGGGCGUUCCGCUCGUCUACCACCUGGACGAGAACCUCAAGCCCAUCCCGCACAAGGACGGUAUCGCACCUCUUAGCGCCUUCUACCUGGGCGAUCAGGACGAGAUCCGUGCUCGUAUCCUCGGUGUUAAGAACCAGACCAAGUAAGAUACCGCAUCUUCGCGUGGUAGACACGAAAUUAAAGAUAUACUGGGAUUACCGGUUUGUUCUUUA